AUGUGCGACAAUGUGCCGAUUUCAAGUUAUAAGAAGGCAUGGUAUGCAAAGAGAAAGGCUAUAGAGUUUGUAUAUGGUGGAUGGGAGGAAUCAUUUAGGCAGUUGCCAAGCUACAUGUUUGAACUCCAGUCACAGAAUCCAGGCACAAUUGUUGAGUGGAAGCACAAUGAGCUAUUGAGUCAGAGACGUACAAAUGUGUUCAACUAUGUUUUCUGGGCAUUUGGGCCUGCAAUACAUGCUUUCCAGAAGGCUGCACCGGUGUUAACAAUAGACGGGACUCACCUCCGAGGAAGAUUUAAAGGUAAGUUGCUUGUUGCUUGUGGUUUUGAUGCUAACAAGACAUGCUUGCCUAUUGCAUAUGCUGUGGUGGAUGAAGAAACCAAUGACAGUUGGUCGUGGUUUUUGGAUCAUGUAAGAACUCAUGUGGUGAAAUACGAGAGAGAGGUGUGCAUUAUAUCAGAUAGGCAUAAAGGAAUCUUCAAAGCAAUGGAGUCUGUAAUCAUGACAAGUGUAAUCAUGACAAGAGCCCUGCAGAUACACCACAAAUUUUGUUUGGUCCAUGUGAGGGCAAAUGUGUUGAAGAAGCACAAGGGCCCCAGUUUGAAGGCCAUGAUCUGGAAGUUGGGGGUCAGUACUCAGGAACAGCUGACAAGAGAAGGCAUGGCUUCGAAGCUGAAUAUCGUUGAUGUUUGUUUUUUGCUGCAGAAACUGAUGGUGGAUCUUAUUGGACAGAAUGAAUUCAAAUUCAAUUCUUCCAUUCCACCUGGUUUAGUGAAUUGGAAUGAGACAUGUGAUUGUUGCGAAUGGAACAACGUGGGAUGCGAUGAAUCGGGUCACGUUAUCAGUUUGGACCUCACUAGCAAGAGCAUCUCCGGCAGAAUUGGUGAGUCAUCCUCCCUUUUCCGGUUGACAUACUUGUCGAUCCUUAACCUUGGCUUCAAUGACUUCACCACUAGUGAGAUUCCUAACCAAUUCCAUCAUCUCCCAAAUUUGGCAUACCUUGGUUUGUCAAGUUCUGGUUUCACGGGACCAUUUCCAUCCACACUGGCCAACCUAACAGAGCUAGUUGGCCUGUAUAUGUCAAGUAACUUUCUCACUGGUUCAAUCCCUUCAUUUCAUAAAUGCUAUAAUUCAUUGAAUGACACCAUUCCUCACCAUAUUUUUGUCCUGCCUUCAAUUGAAUCUCUUCUUCUAUCCAACAACCAAUUCAGUGGACAAAUUAAAGAAAUUUCCAUUGUAGACCACUCAAACCUUGGUUGGCUAGAUUUGAGUGGUAAUAGGAUUGGUGGUGCAAUUCCUAACUUCUUCUUCCAGCUUCGAAACAUGUCAAGUCUCAAGCUUUCUGACAACUUGUUCAACGGCACUUUUGAGCUGAAUAAGUUCCAAAGUCUCACAAAGGUGAAGCUUGUGAAGAUCUGGCCUGACUUUACAUCCAUUGAUUUGUCUUCCAAUCGUUUUCACGGAGAAAUACCAGAUGCAAUUGGUAAUCUUAGCUCACUCUAUCUUCUAAACUUAUCUCACAACUCUCUCACUGAUGGAAUCCCGAGAUCAUUGGGUGCCUUGACAGAGCUUGGGUCGCUCGACCUCUCUGCAAACAAGCUCAUCAGAAGAAUACCAGACGAGCUCGCCAAACUCAAUUUCCUUUCAGUUUUGAACUUGUCAUACAAUCAUCUCACUGGACUGAUUCCAACUGGCACUCAGUUUCAAACGUUUACGGCAGAUUCAUAUGUAGGAAACGCGGGGUUAUAUGGUUUCCCACUCAAUGGAAGUUUCAACAACCGUCGUCCACCUGGUCCAUCACCAUCAGUGGAUUCAGAAUCAAAAGAUGAGGAGAUCGAGUGGGAAUAUGUGUUUGCUGCGUCUGGUUAUGUUGUGGGAUUCGGAAGCAUUGCAUGGACACUGUUAUUUUGCAGAAGGUUGAGAGAGAGAUACUUUGAGAAGAUAGAAGAGGUUGCUGACAAGAUAUUCUUUGAGAGAGGAAGGAGAAGAAGACAUGAAAGAAGAGUAAGAAAAAGAAGAGAAGAGAAGGAGAGAAGAGAAGAGAGGAGGAAUGGGCUUAGGAGACGCCAUCAGUAA